GCUGAUAGUGAUAGUGAUAUUUCCUUGAUUCCCUCCUGAACUGAAGUACAUGCAGAAUAUACCGUUUAUACAUGUGUAUAUUGAUAUAUAUCUAUUUUGUGGAUUGGAUGAAUUGCUGAUUUUCUAUAAUCAAGUGUUAAAAUUGUUUGUUUUUUUGGAUUAAGUGAAUUGAUGUUUUUCUAUAAUCAAGUGUUAAAAUUAGAUUUUUUACUUCAUUGGUGGUGCCAGGGUGCAUAAAGCAUGAUAGAAAUGCAACGUUAGUGGCUGUCAGGGAGAUAAUUGCAGUGUGAUCCGGGCGCAGACCCAAGGGAUGACAACGGUUUCCGCGAGCCCUUCAAAUGAAAAAAAGCACGGAUGGUAGAACUUGAGUCGCAAAUAGGUGCAGUUUGGUGUUCUAGUCACAUAUAUUUAUAUGGAAAUCCAGAACUCCAAUCUGGUUGUUCUAUUCAAAUCUGGAACAACAGAUGAUAAUGAUCCUUACUUAAAGGCUUUGGAGAGUCAUGGUUACGAUGGCCACUGCAUACCCAUCCUUGACUUUCACUUCAUUAACCUUGACCUGUACACCCAGCUGCUUAGGAAACUAGACCAGUACCUGGCCAUAGUGUUCACCAGUCCACGGGCCGUGCAGGCCACACGACUGGCCCUCAACUCAACAGACACUCCACUGUUGUUGAUACAGAGUGUAAAAUGUUACACUGUAGGAAAGGCUACAGCCUUAGCAGCUCAAAAAUUGGGUUUCCAGACGUCAGGGGAAUCUACAGGGAAUGCCGAGCUCUUGUCCCAGUUUAUUGUGGAAGACAGUGAGCAGGCAAAGAAUCGGGAAGUGCUGUUUCCCUGUGGUAACCUGUGUAGGGAUGUGUUAUGUGAAACACUGAAAGCUCACAGUCAGUAUAAAAGGUUUAGUGUGACAGAGGUAAAGGUGUAUGAAACGAUAGUCAAAGAUGACAUCUCAGAUGAGAUCUUCAUGAUCACACAAAGCAAGGUUCCCGUAGAUUCCUUGGUGAUGUUUAGUCCUUCUGGUGUGCCAGUCCUUACCAAAACUCUGAAGAAAUUCCCCCAGUUAUCUGUUAACUCAGUCAAAAUCCUGGCGGUUGGUCCUACCACAGAGGGCGAACUCAAGAAGCAUAACGUCCCAGUGUACGCCACCCUAAGACGCCCCGACCCCCAGAGUCUGAUCGACUGUUUACAGAAGUAACCCGGCCCCUAAACCAAUGUACCAUGUAUCCGGGUUUUUUGUUUUUUGCGUGUCACAAAAUUUGUGAAAAUAGGGCAGUUAAUACAUGUAUAUAACCUAUUUAUUUGCUCAAGUCAUUUUUGCGAUUUAAAAUAACAAAAACUUAAUUGCAAACAUUUCCUGUGUUUUAUUCUAUACGAAAGCCAGACCGCGAAAAUAACGAAAAUUGGAUCUUAGGCGAAAAUAACCGAAUAUACGUUUAAGUCCCUCCUCAACAUGGCAUACUAAGACAAGAAAAUGUCCCCCCUCUUCUUUUUCAUUAAUAUUUUUAUUUGGAUUAAUAUAUAUUAUUAAUUUACAUGGUUUCUUUGUGCUUUGGUGUGUUGCUUUAGCCAAUAUCAGUGUUCGUUAUUAGUUUCAUUGAUGGAAGAUUCCUCGUGUUUCAUUGGAUAAUUGAUGCAUAUUUUCAAAGAAUAGUCGUCAAAUCAUGUUUCUUUGGUCCAAUGAAUAUAAGAUCGGAUUUUUAUUUCAUCGUAAUAUAAAUGUGAUGUGAUAUAUUAAUUAAGUGCAAUGAUCUGUAUUAUCAUAAAUAAAAGAUUUUUUCAAAAUGAUUUUCAUAAAAGCAAAGUAGAUUAGAUUUACUUUCCAAUAAUCGUUUUAUUUGGUUUAGGAUAUAGUAACGGUGGUAUUUUUAUUUUUGAAGACUAAGACUUUGGAAAUAGCAGAAUUGUUUCGAAACUGUUAAAACAUUUUUGCACAAAUACCCUCCCCCCCCCCCCCUUAAAUUUUUUUUCUCCAAUUUUAUCAAGUUAGUCUUUGUGAUACACAUGUACUUGCAUAGUACACAACAUAAGUUGUUUAACAUCAAUUUUUACUCGGUACACGUAUGUGUAUUAUUAAUAAAUCCGCCUGACGUCAUUAAAACUAUCCAGAUUAAGGUUAUAGUGAGUCCUUUUCUGGCCAUAGCACAUGUAAGUCAACACAAAUUAUUUCGUCCUUGCAAAAUCAUUCAGUCCCUGAAAACUUUUUUUUAAUUUGUGUAGUGUGUCAGAAAUCUAAAGUGGUCCAUUGAUUUUCGUGCAUUUUUGUCAAUUCAGAUUCAUUGAAAGUAGUUUCUUGUGAAAUUAUUUUUUUUAACGUUUUCAAUAGUCAGCUGUAUAGAAUCUUUGUUUUCGAUCAAUUUAUUUAUUGUUAUUUUGUUUGUUGAUUUACUUCUUGUGUAUCGGGCAUUGUAAUGAAUGCAAACUGUUUUACUGAAUAAAGAAGUAUACGAUAUCA